UGACUCUCUUUCUCUGCUCCAGAUGGAUAUCUGGAAUAUGUGACUGGCCGCUGUGAGUUCACCUCCCCUGAGCUGACGGGCAUCCAGUACAUAGAGUCAUACUAUUACAACAAGCUGGAGUACACCAGGUUCGACAGCAAAGUGGGGGAGUAUGUUGGAUACACUGCUUACGGUGUGAGGAACGCAGAGUUCUGGAACAAGGAUCCUUCAAUCCUGGCCCAGGAGAGAGCAGCGAAGGAGACGUACUGCCAAAACAACGUUAAGCUUGAAUACCAGUACGCCCUGCCUUUCUCAGGUGAGUCUGUAGACCCUGCCUCUCUCAGUCUGUAGACCCUGCCUCUCUCAGUCUGUAGACCCAGCCUCUCUCAGUCUGUAGACCCUGCCUCUCUCAGUCUGUAGACCCUGUCUCUCUCAGUCUGUAGACCCUGUCUCUCUCAGUCUGUAGACCCUGCCUCUCUCAGUCUGUAGACCCUGCCUCUCUCAGUCUGUAGACCCUGCCUCUCUCAGUCUGUAGACCCUGUCUC